AUGAAGCGGCGCCGUUACGACAGCGACGAUGAUGAGGAUGGUGACGUGGAAGGGCCGCUGCUUCCAUACGCGUUGGACGACAGAAGUGAAUUUAUGGUGGCGGCGGGCGUGGGCGGACAGGAGUCCAGCGAAGGGAGUGCCAGGAGCUCGGACGAGGUGAAGCAGGCGCCGGGGAGCUGCACAGAGAAGGAACAUCAGGAGACGAUGCAGCAAGAUGAGCGUAUAGUGCCCGCCUUGCCUUCUUCCGUUCUUGCUGAACGAUUGCAACGUAUGGCGCUUUGUGACGAUCAGGACAUUCCGGAGCAUUGGAAGGGCGUGUUGUCCGAGGAACUGCUCCAUGUGUACUUUACUACACUGAAAUACUCAGAGACUAAACGAACGGUGGACGAUAAGCUGUUCUCUCAGUAUAUCCCCUACGAUGUGAGGCGCUUUCCACCGCUGGCUCGUCUCUCUGACCGGGUGUGGAACAACGCGUUUGGCAUCAAACCUGGGUGGCGAUGGGACGGUGUGGUUCGUGGUAUUGGAACGUUGUAA